AUUUUUUGAGCGAGUAGUUGUUGCGAGUGUUCAGAUACAAUUACAAAGUAUCGGUAGCGGUAAUCUACACCGCCGGUCCAUUCUGUGUGAACUUUUUUGUUUUCAUGCACAAACAUCGAACAGACACAGAUCCUGACACAGCCCCAGUUGUACCACCAGAAUUA